AUGGCAGUUCACAGAGCUCUGAGGUCUUUCCUACCGUCUCUCCAACGCCAACACAUUCAGAUCACUUCAGGCCAUAUCGCCACUGUCUUCUACAUCAACCGCCAAGGUGGCAUUGCCUCCGUUCGCCUCUGCAAGCGAGCCAUGGCUCUAUGGCAUUGGAGCGUUCCGCACAACGUAUUUCUGACAGCUGUGCACCUUCCAGGAAUUCAGAAUGUGAGAGCGGAUGCACUAAGCCGACACUUAGUCAACGAUCACGAAUGGACUCUCAAUCGCCAGUACCUUCAGUCAGUCUUCAAAAUUUUUGGAGUCCCAGAGAUAGAUGUCUUUGCCUCACCACAUAACACCCAGUGCCCAAGUUUCUACACUCGAGGGACCGUUAACAUCUCCCUGUUAACCCACCUCACCCAAGGCCGUGUGUUCCUUUCUGCAGAUGACACAGACCCGCAAAAAGUAUCGGGCAAGUCCAAAGGGCAACGGAAGGACGAGGCCCCCAAGGAAGCCGGAUCCGUGCCUCAGGGGGCCAAGGAAGGGCAAGAGGUACGAACCCGUGGAUCUGCCGGCUGGGAGAAGAGCUUGCGCCAGAGGCCCCCUCCCCGGAUAGUCUUCCAGGCAGGACCGGCCGCCCAGGAGAAGAAACCCAAAGAUGACGUGGAGAGCUUGGAAGGCUUCAAGGAGAGACACAAAAUCCGGUAUUCCAAGCGACUGUCUGCAGUCCAUGAGAUCGACUUUGCGGUUGGCAGCUCCUCGGAGUCCUCCCAGAGCGGCCUCACCAGAGGUGGCGGUCUCCCUAACGGAUGUUCUCUGGCCUACUCGGGAGUCUUGAGAAGUUUCGAGGAAUACCAGGACGGGAAGGAUUUUCGGAUCGGGGAGCUCGUCUGGGGCAAAAUCAAAGGCUUCUCUUGGUGGCCGGCCAUCAUCGUGUCGUGGAAGGCAACCUUCAAGCGCCAGGCUGCUCCCGGGAUGCGCUGGGUGAAGUGGUUCGGAGACGGAAAGUUUUCAGAGAUCUCAGCAGACAAACUGGUUGGACUGGUAGCAUUCUCGGAGCAUUUCAACAGCACGACCUUCCAUAAGCUCGUAUCCUACCGGCAAGCGAUCCUGCAUGUUUUGGAGGUGGCGAGCAGCCGAGCUGGCAAGGCUUUCUCGAGCGCUGCGGGGGAUUCUCUGGAAGAGAAGCUGAAGCCUAUGGUGGAUUGGGCCCUCGGCGGCUUUAAGCCCACCGGAGGCAAAGGGCUGAAGCCACCCAAGACCUCAGAGAACGGAGCCGUCCACACAAGUAUCAUUCUGGAAGCUGCCCCCCCUGAGCCUGCGCCCCCCGCCAAGAGGAUCAAGACCACAGUGUGCAACGGCAGCAAAGAGCCAGGAGAAGAGCACCAGAGCCGAGAACGGAUGGUCUCUCAAGUCAGGAACCUCAACAAGAGCCUGGAAGACAGCUGCUUGUCGUGCGGGAAUAAAAAUGCCGUGACCUUCCACCCCUUGUUUGAAGGGGGUCUCUGCCGGACCUGUCAGGAUCGGUUUCUGGAGCUCUUCUACAUGUACGACGAGGACGGGUACCAGACCUACUGUGCCAUCUGCUGCGAGGGGAGUGAGCUGCUGCUGUGUGGCAACGCCAGCUGCUUCCGGUGCUUCUGCGUGGACUGCUCGGAAGCUCUGGUGGGGCCGGGGGCUGCCGCUGCGGCCAAGGAGCAAGAGCCCUGGAGCUGCUACAUGUGCCAGCCGCAGAAGAGGUACGGCGUCCUGCAGAGGCGGCACGACUGGAACCUGCGCCUGAAUGAAUUCUUCACAAGCCAUCAGGAGCAGGAAUACGAACCACCCAAAAUCUACCCGGCCGUUCCAGCGGCCAAGAGGAAGCCGAUCAGAGUGCUGUCUCUCUUCGACGGCAUCGCCACAGGUUAUCUGGUGCUGCGUGACCUGGGCAUUAAAGUGGAGAAGUACAUCGCCUCCGAGAUCUGCGAAGAAUCCAUAGCAGUGGGGACCGUGCGGCAUGAAGGGAACAUCAAAUACGUCCAUGAUGUCCGAAACAUAACCAAGAGAAAUAUUGACGAGUGGGGCCCGUUUGACUUGGUGAUUGGCGGGAGUCCCUGCAACGACCUCUCUAUCGUCAACCCGGCUCGGAAAGGCUUGUACGAGGGGACUGGGCGGCUCUUCUUCGAAUUCUAUCACCUCCUCAAUUACGCCCGUCCCAAGGCUGGGGAGGAACGGCCCUUCUUCUGGAUGUUCGAGAACGUCGUGGCGAUGCGCGUGAACGACAAGAGAGACAUCUCUCGGUUUUUGGAGUGCAACCCAGUUAUGAUCGACGCCAUCAAGGUCUCAGCUGCUCACCGAGCGCGGUAUUUCUGGGGGAACCUGCCUGGGAUGAACCGGCCGUUGGUGGCUUCUAAGAUGGAUAAACUUGAACUCCAGGACUGCUUAGAGUACAGCAGGACGGCCAAGUUGAAGAAGGUCCAGACCAUCACCACAAAGUCCAAUUCAAUCCGGCAGGGAAAAGCCCAGGCCCUCCCAGUGCGAAUGAACGGCAAGGAUGACAAUUUGUGGUGUACUGAGCUAGAAAGGAUUUUCGGCUUCCCUCUCCACUACACAGAUUUGCACAACAUGGGUCGCGGGGCUCGCCAGAAGCUGCUGGGCAGGUCGUGGAGUGUCCCCGUCAUCCGGCACCUCUUUGCCCCACUCAAAGAUUAUUUUGCUUGUGACUAG